AUGUACGGUCUCUCUAUUCUCCAUGCCAAUAUUUUGACUGAAGCCCGAGCCAAGGUCCCUGUCUUUUCAGGACUCAUCGACCGUCUGGAGCUUGCAAAGAUGGCGGGUAUCUGCGCCAGCGCUCAAGGAUGGCAGUCAUGUCCGCAAGAGGCCUGCUUGGUGUAUCUGACAAUGGCCAUUGGUAAGGCGCUGGAACUGACGCCGAUAGAUCCACAGGCUUGCCAGCGAUGGAGGGAUAUGUCCACCAUUAUACCCAAUAACCCCGAGGUGUACUACUGGACCGCCAGAUGUGUGCUCAACCAGAUGGAUGCAUGUGCCCAGCCGCUCAGCAACAACUUCCGGACUGUCCAGAUCCAUGGAAUGGUGGCCUUGUACGAGUUGCUUCGGUGUCAGUGGGCCGAAGCCAGCGAGCACCUACACAUAGCCAGCCGAAUCGGACUCGCGUUAGGAUUCCACGACAUGGACGCUUGUGGCGAUCCUAGUGUGCAUGUGGCCAUGGCCUGCAACACGUGGAAUACUCUGCAGCUCAUAGACGUUAUUGUGGCAGCAUGCUCGGGGUGUCCGCGUGUCAUGCCGGCAUUGUUCACUCAGACACCUGCUAUACCUCCAGCUGGCCAAGAGUUGCUGAUAGACUCUGAGGCGUCAGACAUUUUUCAAAAGGCCAUACUCGCCCUGGACCGAACUUUGAGAAACGUCUACCAAGGGCACAGUGUCCCGCUCACGGUUGGUCUGGGUUUGCUAUCCGACAAUGCCCGUCGAGCUCAACAGGUUCCAGCGCGCUUGAAGGCACAGCGGUUGUUCCAACAGCGACCGGAGCCACGAAUAGUGCCACAAGACUUGAUGGCGGCACUGUGGCUCGAUCUGGUAGAGAACUAUGGCAUCAUGCUGGCAUCGCGGCCGUACAUGGUGCACCUCAUCCAGAAUCCAGCCGAUCUCCUCACUUCCGACCAACUUGCCGUGGAACACAUGCAGCGGCUUUCCACGUCUUGUCUCUCUGCCUGUCACAAGACGAUUGCACUUCUCUUCGCAGCAUGGACGCAGGGGAGGUUACCGCCACGGAAUCACCUCUUUCUGCACGUCCUGUUCUGUGCGGCGGUACUGCUUGUGAGCAACGAACUCUUGCCUGACACGCCGAAGGAAGAGAAUGUCACUCGACUUCCCCAGGCCACCUUCAUCCUCCAGGCUGUCGCCUUUAUGGAGGGUGAGGUGGACGGCUACGCUGGUGAUCUCCUUGGCAAGAUCAACAUGCUCCGCGAUGCCAUACAAGCUCGUCCUGGUGGCAGUGCGACAAAUGCCCCUGUAGUGCCAUCCAACGGGAAUCCAGAGCUGCAGCCGGCACGGUUGGGAGCACGAAGCAGCUCGGCGAAUAACAGGGCCGGCGAUGCACAUGGCGACUCGAGAGGAGAGAUGGGCCCUCCAUCACAGCCACAUGGACCAGAGUAUCCCACCCCUGAGCCCUGCACGAUGGCGAUGGCGCCUGGCUUUGGGUACCUACAAGGGCAGCAGGUGGGCUUAAGUAUGGCAUACUCCUCGGGGAAUAUGGCCUAUGGUGAUCCUGAUGCUGCUCAGGCACCCACAGAAGCCCCAGUCGACAGUUCAGUACAGUUCCCGCAAAGGCCAUAUGGAGGAGCAGCGCAUGGCAGUGGCUACCACGGUGGAUUUGUUGGAUGA